GUCAUCACCGAAGUUGCAUUUUCUAUUUCCGACGACUACCUCCCUGGCUAAUAUCUACAUUGCGAGCAGUAUGCUUCCACAUGUUCAUCUGCACACCUAUCGAGACCUCAGGUCGUACAGUGUAUGUGAAGGACACCGAUCUGCGGUAAUUAACGGAACCCCCAGGGCCUACUCCUACUUUUUGUGUCCAGAGAGUUUGGCAAACAGGUCCCAUGUCUACUGCUGUUCAGAUAAAACGACUCACGAGGGGUACUGCUGCCCAGUCGAAAAAUGGAGAACCAUAGUGGGCAUCACCAUUAUUUCGGUCGCAGCGUUCUGUGCGGCUUGUGUACUCGGUUGUGUUUUGCUCCGGAAGUGUAGGAAGUGCCGUCUACCCACGCGCAGUUCCAGGCAAUCGAAUUCACCACCAACUGCAGAAUCGGAUGCACACACUCCCUUGAAUGCUGACGCGCUCACACCCACGCCUCCCCGUAGUUCCUCACAACUUCGACUUCAUUCUCUGACAACAGAUCGUACUCGCGACAUUGUGGAUUUUGCCAAGUCUAGACUGAAAGAAAAGCCCAUGGAUGAACCAGCACCGCCACCUUAUCCCGGACAUAAUUCUCCACCGCCGUAUCCGUCGAAGUCCUG